AUGCUGAUCUACAAGGAUAUUUUCACCGGUGAGUGGAACAUUUAUAAGUUGAUCAUCCACACACCUUAAGCCUGUCUGUCUACUUUUGAAGUGUGCAGUUCUUGUUUUCAUUUGUCAACGUUCUGUUGAUAGAUGAUAUGCAAUCUGUUCGUUGCAGGAGUGAAUGCCAGAUUGGCGAGUUACGUGUGGUAAAUAAGUUGAAGACUGUCAUAGUUUUGUCUCAGAAAUGGCCAUUGGUGUGACGCCGUAUUUUUGUAGAAUAAAAAUGUAUGUCUAACAUUUCAGAUGACGAGCUUUCUUCUGACUCGUUCCCAAUGAAGCUUGUUGAUGGCCUCAUCUACGAGUUUCAAGGAAAGCAGGUCAUCCGCAAGGAGGGAGAGAUAGUUUUAGCUGGAGCCAACGCCUCCGCUGAAGAGCCAGGAGAUGAGGGAACUGACGAGCACGUCGAACGCGGUAUCGACAUCGUCCUCAACCACCACUUGGUGGUAAGUUACUGUUUUUGAGAUUAAAACUUCAUUUUAUUCGUUCCAGGAGAUGAACUGCUACGAGGAUGCCUCCAUGUUCAAGGCUUACAUCAAGAAGUUCAUGAAGAACAUCAUUGACCAUAUGGAGAAGGAGAACCGCGACAAAGCCGAUAUUGACACCUUCAAGAAGAAGAUCCAAGGAUGGGUUGUCAGCCUCCUCGCCAAGGACAAGUUCAAGACCCUCGCUUUCUUCAUCGGUACAACCAGUGGCCGCUGAAUUUUGCAUCAUAAUUACUUUUUCAGGAGAGAAGGCCGCCGAGGGAGCCGAAAACGGCCAGGUCGCCAUCAUCGAGUACAGAGAUGUCGAUGGAACCGAGAUCCCAACCCUCCUCCUCGUCAAGGAAGCCCUCGUCAUCGAGAAGUGCUAA